AUGGAGCCAACUCUUCCAUAUUCUCAAAUAAGGAUCGCUUGCUCAGAAGGCCCACCCCCUACCGAUAGCCCAGAAUUCAGUCCGUUGACCUAUUAUUAUGAUAUCGUCAUUGAUGAGUCUACAGUAACCCUACCAGAAUUAAACCCCGAACACCGUUUCUAUCAAGCGUUGUAUAUCACUGGAAACCUAAAGAUUACGCCAAGAGAGUUGACGUUAUUUUUCAAGAAUCUCGACUUCUUCACACAUGGAGUCAGAAUUCAUAACACCAACCUGGAGUCGUUAUCUUUUCUGCGCCUAUUCAAUGCCGAUCCGUUAGACGAUUCUCCGUAUUCCAUUGAAAUCACGAAUAAUUCAAAACUCACAUCUAUUGGAAUCGAUUUCGACUACUGUAGCAUGUGUUUGGGGAGUAUUCUAAUCGACCAAAAUCCAAAACUGGACCUUAGAAAUGAAUGUGAUGGAAUCAUGGCUAGAUAUAAAAAUAAUCGAAUGAUAACUAAUAAUCUUUAUGAUUGUGGGUGUACGGUUAAAGGGAAUUUCAACCAGUUCAUAUCGACAUUAUCUCCAAAAUGUUGGAUGUUAGUCGGAAAUAUUACCGUUGACCAAAACUCGGAUUAUGAUUUGUUGCAAAAAAAGCUAGAUAACAUCACUAGAAUCAACGGAGGCAUUUCUGUAAUCAACACCAAUUUUGUGGAUCUAUCAUUUUUCCGAUCCAUCCAAACAAUUGACGCGGAUUCUUCUUACAAAGCCUCAUAUAUUUCUGAAAUCCUUAUUCAAAAUAACAAGAAUCUCACUAGUCUGAAAUUCCAAGCCAAACAAAAUGGAUUGAGUAUCACCAUUCGUGACAAUCCCAAGCUCUGCGUAGCUCCACAAGAGCUCGAUGCUCUAUUUUAUGGUGAAGACACUCAGAGAGGUGAUCUGGAUGUUGAUGUAUGUUUCGAUGAGCAAUCUCCUAGCUACUGGUGUCAAGUGUCGGAACUUGGGUAUUUUAGUAACAUAUCAGAUGGAUGUGUGAUCCUUGUGGGACACCUACUACUUGAUAAAAACUUUGACUUUGAUAACUCUUACAAAUUAUUCGCUGUUCAAACCAUUUAUGGAAGUUUAACAAUCACCAACACUUCACUCCGCACCUUCAGCAUUUUUCCUCAUUUUGGCACAAUCAGAUCCAUCAAUCCCAGCAAACCUCCACUCUAUGUGUCCCAUAAUAAUAAGCUUCAAGAUUUGUAUACAGUUUGGAGGAAGGUGGAAAGUGAUCAAGCGGUGAUAAUUGAGAAUAACACUAAUCUGAUAACAAGUGAUAACUACAAAGCUCAAAUCUAUGACAAAACACCUCUAAACAUCGACGUCUUCUAUGGAUUGCCGUCGUAUUUGGAUGUGUCGCAUGGAUCGAAUCCAGAUGAUUCUGGACUGCAGAACAACCCAUGGGAUCGGAACUCUACUGAUGAAGAUUACGAGACACCUGAGACAUCUACAGAAAAUGGGGAUCCAGGAAUUUUUAGUUUCCGUGUCCUGUUUCUUUUAGCCGUUUUUAAACUUUUGUGA